AUUAAGAUAUUUCGUUUUGUAACGGUGAUUACGCGUGUUUGGACAGGAAUUGGCAGUCUCCGACUUACCAGUACAUAACCUUGUUCAGUUCGUAUGUCAUGCGCAGUUCUGUGCAUACCUUUAAUGUGUUACUAACGGUGUAAUGGCGUAGAUCGAAUCAAGGAUAUGAUUGAACACCGUAGGCCUACGUGAGUGAAUUAAAAGAAGCCGAGGGAUAUACUCUAACAUUUCGCUUAAUCAGAGUGGAUUUUAAGCAGGAUAAUUUGCCUUAGUUUACAAGAAAAUGGAGCCGGUUUAUCGAUGUUGUGUGUUAUUGUUUAUAUUAGUGACAUGUAACGACAGGGUCAAUGGUCAAAUUGCAAUACAGAAUAUACGAUUAGCUAAUGGUAACGGGAGUUAUGGUAGAGUAGAAGUACAGAUUGGUGGUGUAUACGGUACAGUUUGUGACGAUCAAUGGGAUGAUCUCGAUGCUUCUGUUGUUUGCCGAUCUCUGGGAUAUCCCGACGGGGGAUCUGGAGUCCAACAAGCACAAUUUGGACAAGGUACUGGUACCAUCUUUCUGGAUGAUGUUGCAUGUGCAGGAGACGAAGAUGGGCUAGCGGACUGUAAAAUGAAUCCCCAGAUUGGGGGACAUGCAUGUCAACACAGUGAAGAUGCGGGCGUUAUUUGUAAUUCAAAUACGGGCGUGUUACCAGCAUCUACCACAACUACCAGAAGACCCGUAGGACCACAACCAGAUAAUUGUGCGUCACAAAAUGGUCAAGUACGACUCAUAGCACCUAAUGGAACUGUUGGUAUAGGUCUUGUAGAGAUAUUUUAUAAUAAUAGUUGGGGCUCUAUAUGUGAUGAUCAAUGGGAUGAACUCGAUGCUAGAGUUGUGUGUGCCAUGUUGUGUUACGACACUACCUUUGCUAGACCAGGUGCCCUGGAGGAGAUUCUAAAAUAUGUUCAACCCCAGUCUGGUAUUAUUGUCGAUAAUGUUAACUGUGUUGGAACCGAGUCUCGUGUUCAAGACUGUCCACAUAGUCCAUGGUAUAGCCAUAACUGUGGACCCCUAGAAUUGGCUAGUGUUACGUGCGUUGACCUCAAUUCUAAGGCUCCGGAUCCACCCGUACCCACAUUACAAUGCAAAGAGGGGUAUCUAAUAUCAUUAUUUAGUAGAUCUAGAGAUCCAAACCUGGAAGAAAAACAUUUAUCUGUUACGAAUCAAACGACAACUUGUAAUCUCAUCAAAUCAAGGGAUGAUAAUUUUGUUUCUGUCAGAAUACCUUUUACUGGUUGUGGUACAAUUGUUACGCAAAACGCCACACAUUUGAUAUAUUCCAACGUAAUAAAAUAUGACUAUACCAAUCUUGAUGUCAACAAAGUUCGGGUCAACACCUUUCUUGUCUCGGUAUUUUGUGAGAUGCCAAGGAAUGUGGAAGCAGACAGGAACUUGCAACCCCUGACACAGGCAGUGUCAAAGAAAGCAGAGGGUCGUUUCGUCAUCAAUAUGACCUUUUACCAAAAUAACAGUUUCACCGAUCCCGUUAGCCAGUAUCCAGUGCGCAUGCCACUUGGUGAAUGGUUAAACGUGGCUUUACAGUUAGAAUCUAUAGAUGCUCGUUUAAAGCUUAUUGUACCGGACUGCGUAGCUACACCAUCAAGCAACCGAUCAGACCCCGUUAACUAUCCUCUCUUCGAAAAUAAUUGUCCCAAUGAACCGACGCUGGGUUUAUUUCCCUUGAGUCAGAUUAAAUUUGGCUAUAGAUACCAGCCUUUUAUGUUCGUCAACAACCCACUUGUAUUUUUACACUGUGGUGCAUUCGUCUGUCUUGUGGAGGAGGAGACCGCAGAAUGUGACAGAAGUUGUAACACCACCAAGCCUGUUGCUACCGGACGCCGUAAGAGAGACGUGACUGCAACGACUAAAACAAAAUAUUAUAUCGACAGUGGUCCAAUGAUGGUGUACAAACCACCCGGCGUUGCAACUGCUAUUGAAAGAAUUGAUACACCAACUUCAUAUGCUACCACCAUAACUGUGCCUUUAUCAACCGAAAUCCAACAAAAGUUAGCCCAAAGAUCUACAACAACCAUGAAACCUACCCCACAACCAACAACGUAUGGAGCCACCGUCAAAGUAAGGUCUACAGCAGAGAACGGAAAACCAGAAGUAGUUGCUACAACUCACGAAAUUAAAGAAACCGAAAAACCUACAGAAAAGAUAAGCACAACAACACAAGCCAGUCGACCAGAUAGUGUUUCCGAAAUGCCAACGACGCCAUAUUCUAAGAUCGAAAACGAGGCCGUUACCGUGAAGCCCACAGAAAAGCUGCUGGAGGGCAUAUGGAUAGAAUUCCCUGAACGCCAACCAGCAAGUAAAAGUAAUAAUCAACAGGAACAAUUAACAGCAGGUGUAGACAGAAAUAUAUUAAUUGGUGGUGUAAAUGGUGCCUCUAGUGUCAAUUUUAAAACGUCUUUAGUAACGGUUGUUUUAUUUUUGUUUUUUUGUUAUCUUUUAUGAUCUAGCAGCAAAGACUACGUUGUCGAACUUUGUCCGUCCAGCUGUGUGAUGUCUGACAAAUUAUUAUCUUUCUGUGCAAAGUGAUCUCAAUUUCUUUUCUUUAGUAAAUUAUUUACUGCCUUGUUCCUUUGCAAAUUUAAUUGUAUUCACGCCCAGUGAGAAGACGUAGGUUCAUUAAAAUAAUAUAUCCCUACUGUUUCAAAGUGCUGCUAAAUUAUAAUCAUAAUUAUUAAAAGCUAAACUCCUUCACAAUCUUGAACUAAUCACGAAAAGGACUAUGGAGAUUUGUUCAAUAAUGAACAAUUAUAAUAUUACUAUUUUACACGGGGGAAGUUUUUAUAAUACAAUAUCAUAAAUGAAUGUUUAAUAUAUAUAGCUUUUUAUAAUUUGAUAAUUUGAAAAGGUGUUAACUAAAGAGUAGCAUCAAAUUACCAUUGGUAAUACCAGUGCUGGGUCAUAUUGCAUUGACAGUUCAUGCAGAAACCGAAAUGAAAUAAAAUGAAAUGGAGUUUAACGUCCUACUUUUCUACUUCAUGCAGAAACGGUUAUAUGUGUCCUUUAAUAAUAUUUGAAGAAGUAGAAUUAGUUAUAAUGAAUUAUCUUGCCCAUUAGUAUCAUGCAUAUUUUUAUAUAGUUAUUUUCAUGAUAUUAUAGCUUAUAUGCGUUUUAAUCCUGUACAAUUUGUUAUGAUAAAAUUUUCUAUUCUAACAUCUAGCUAGGUAGAUUUUAGAUUAUAUUAUUUUAUAAUAUUUGUUAUAGUUCAAUUUACCAUUAAACGUCCGAUGUGUUUAUAAAACCAGCAUAAUAUAUGAAAUAUGUGUAUUUAAAAGUCCCAUGCUGACGUUUGGGUGCAUUCGUGACUUAUGAUUGAAAUGUGUUUUCUGCCCAUUCAUAUCCCAGACGUCUAAAAUAUAAUAGAUGUUUAGUAAACGGGUACGAUAGUAUCGCCGCCACUUUGGAAUUAUGACAUCAUAUCGAUACGCAAUUGUCCAAGGAACAAAUGUUUAAUGUCGAUCGUACUUGAAUUGGCAACGCGGAAGAACAAGAAAAGCAACAAGAUGCGUAGCAGUUGGACCCAGUACCUGAUCUCCCAAAAUUAAUACCAGAUUACGAAAUUCAAUGGAUACACAAAAAAUGUUUAUCUUGGUAAAGAUUUUUAGACUGUAUGUUGUCUCAUGGGGGAUUUUUGUUUCAUAAAAGUGUAUAUAUAUAUAUAAUAUAUAGUCAUCAUAAUGUGCCAUUGUUAAAUUUAUGUGAUAUUUUGAAAUAUGUCAUAAUUGACAUUCCGUCCUAGACUUGUUUGUAAAUAAUCAUAUAUUGAUAUAUUAAUAUGUCAUAUUCUUUUAUAGAAUUAAAUAUUAUGUUUUUUUAUAAA